GGGUUUGAACAAGACUCAUUCAAAGGAUGUGUUUGCUAUAACGCUACGAGUGAUUCCUGCGACAUGAAGAAGUUUGUGACUAUUGUUCUUCGAGGCCUGGUCAGCUUGUCUAUCAAACCUGGAGAUAAAAUCUGGAGCAAGGAGCAUGCCUGGCAGUUGAAGAGAGAGGCCAGGAGAAGACGGACUGCAUCUAAGUGGGGAAAGAUGAUUUUAACGGUGUAUUUGAGUGAUGGGGAGCAGGCGCUGACAGAGGUGCCCAUCACUCCAGAGACGACGUGUCGUGAUGUGGUGGAAUUCUGUAAGGAGCCAGGAGAAAGCGGCUGCCACCUGGCCGAGGUUUGGCAUGGAAAUGAACGAGCCAUACCAUUUGACCACAUGAUGUAUGAGCACCUGCAGAAAUGGGGCCCCAGAAAGCAGGAGGUGAAGUUCUACCUACGCCACGAAGACUCGCCCACUGAAAGCAGCGAUCAGGGGAGCCAGCAGUCUCAGGAGCAGCCCAGCAGGAGAGAAGGAAGCAGCUCAGACAUGCACAACGAGAACGGGGUGGGAAACCCUCGUGUGGAGCUCACUCUCUCAGAGCUACAGGAGAUGGCCACUCGUCAGCAGCAGCAAAUUGAGGUCCAGCAACAGAUGCUUGUCGCUAAGGAGCAACGGUUGCGCUAUUUGAAGCAGCAGGAGCGACGGCAGCAGCAGACUGUGUCUGAGACCGAGAAACUACAGAGGUUAAAGGAGAGGGUGGAGAGUCAGGAAGCCAAACUCAAGAAGAUCCGUGCCAUGAGGGGCCAAGUGGACUACAGCAAAGUCAUCAAUGGCAACCUGUCCGCAGAGAUCGAGCACAUCAGCGGGAUGUUCCAGGACAAGCAGGCAGAGCUGCAGGCAGCCGUCUUGAGGGUGGAUCAGCUCAGCCAGCAGCUGGAGGACCUGAGGAGAGGCAAACUAAAUGGCUUGCAGACCCUCGGCGGUCAGGUCACUGGCACCGCUGCCCUGGAGCUCCGCAAACUGUACCAGGAGCUGCAGCUUGUGUCGUUUCUGCUCUGUGCUGUCCAUACGUGUAUGUGUGUGUCUCUCUUUUCUCUUUCCUGUCCCUGUACUUUGAUGUUGUGGGAUUUGUGGGGGGGAUUAGAUGGAGUGAGAAAGCCUCCCGGCCCCUGGAAGGUCUCUGAUUUAGACAUCAUUGUGGACCCGAUUGCUCCACCCCCUCCAGAGCCCCGCCCAGGCCCUGGGGCUCCACCCCCAUUUACCGGCUCUGCGGCAGGGUCGGACAGCGCUUCUCCAAAUGAUGCCGGUUGGCCCACCCUCAACAAGAGCAACACAUCAGUCAAAGCACCUGACUGGAAGGAGUCUGGAACAGACACUAGCAUUAAAACAGCAUCACCUGCAGGCACUCCUGGAGAUAAGGAUUCCAGUCAAAUGGGCUCAGCUCCUCCUCUCAAUAAGCCCCAGCCUCCCCCAUACGGAGCCCAUACCAGCAACCACCCCCUCUCAUCUGCCAACUCGGGUUCCACCAGCUCUUUGGACCGACGCAAGGAUGUUCCUCUCAGACCGGUGCCCAGCCUACCCACCAACCCACCGCCGCAGCCGGCCUGGCCCCGUGUUCCCCCUGCACCCACCGGCUCUUCCUCUCAGCAGAUCCAGCAGCGCAUUUCUGUGCCCCCCAGUCCCACCUUCCAGCCCAGUCCACCCUUUUUCCCCCCCAGUGAGAGGCCAGACGCUCCUCUGGCUGUAGCGGUAAGGCCGUUCAUCCCAGAUAAGGGCUCCAGACCGCAGUCACCCAGAAAAGGCCCAGCCACUAUGAACUCAAGCUCCAUCUACCAUAUGUACUUACAACAAGCAGCCCCCAAAAACUACCCUCUGAACAUCAAGCCCGCAGUCAAAGCAGUAUAUGGUAAGCCAGUCCUGCCUCCCAGCUCUACGCCCCCCUCUCCCUUACUUUUUGGGGGCUCUGGGGCCUUUCCCGCCCUGCAGGGUCCAGGAGGAGACAUGUUGGAUGUUGAGCUGGACUUUGAUGGUCAAAUGAUGGGUGUUCCUGAGCCACCCCCACCCAACGUGGACCACAUCCCGCGACCUCUCAGCCCCACUAAACUCACACCUAUGGUGCACUCCCCUAUGCGCUACCAGAGCGAUGCUGAGCUGGAGGCCUUGCGCAAGAAACUGGCCAAUGCUCCACGACCUCUUAAGAAACGCAGCUCGAUUACGGAACCAGAGGGUCCCAAUGGGCCUAACAUCCAGAAACUUCUCUAUCAGCGGUUCAACACCCUGGCUGGAGGGAUGGAAGGAGGAAUGGGUGAUGUGAGUGGAGGUGGAGGAGUGACUCCAUUCUACCAGCCCUCUACGACCACAGGUGAAAUGCUCUUUGAUGCAGACAAUGGGAAUCAACUUUCAGAAACACCCAUCGUGCCCUCAGAGGGCGCUGUUGCUGAGGAUGUUGUCCCGCAAGGUGAUGCCAAUGAUAAUGAGCCCCCAGAGCAAGUGGCUGAGACGCUGACCCCUCCAGCACCAGAACCGUCAGAAGACAAUAACAAUAAUCCUGCAGAAACAUUAGCAAUUUUGCCGAGUCCUGUAGCUGAGGCCAGCACACCUGAAGAAGCAGACACCUGUCCCUCAUCCCAGCCCACGGGCAAACGCACGAACCUAAAGAAACCCGACUCGGAGCGGACGGGUCACGGCCUUAGAGUGAAGUUCAACCCACUCGCUCUGCUGCUCGAUGCCACACUGGAGGGCGAGUUUGACCAUGUACAAAGGAUAAUCUAUGAGGUUGACAAUCCCAGCACCCCUAAUGAUGAGGGCAUCACACCCCUCCAUAACGCAGUGUGUGCCGGACACCACCACAUCGUCAAGUUCCUGCUGGACUUUGGUGUUAAUGUGAAUGCAGCUGACAGUGAUGGCUGGACGCCCUUGCAUUGUGCUGCCUCCUGUAACAGCGUGCACCUGUGUAAGAUACUGGUGGAGUCUGGUGCUGCCAUCUUUGCCACCACUAUCAGCGAUGUAGAGACGGCAGCAGACAAAUGUGAGGAGAUGGAGGAGGGUUACAUCCAGUGCUCACAGUUUCUCUAUGGUGUGCAGGAGAAGUUGGGAGUGAUGAAUAAGGGAGUUGUGUAUGCGCUGUGGGAGUAUGAGGCUCAGAGCGCAGAUGAGCUUUCCUUUCAGGAGGGUGAUGCCAUUACUGUCCUACACAGGAAGGACGAUACCGAGACAGAGUGGUGGUGGAGUAAACUCAAUGACAAAGAGGGCUAUGUGCCACGGAACCUAUUAGGGCUUUACCGCAGAAUAAAACCAUGUCAGAGGUCUCUGGCGUAACUCUCUCGUGGGUGACCGAACGGACUGAUGUCUUUCACCUCUAUGUGCCACUUGGACCACAGAAGGGCUGAAGCUGCUAAACCCUGAACCUGGAGGCACUAUUAACCGCACUACUCAAACACACUCUCCAGCGAGCACCAGGCCAAACAAGCAGCCUCAGGUUUCUCUGUCUGCCCCCAUCAGCUCAGCCACCAGGCCUCCGUAUCUCCCACUCCACUCCUCGCACGCUCUCUUGUAUCCAUGUUAAAUGUAUUAUAGCUGUACAUCACACUUUGGGGAUCAAGCACUAAUCACUAACAAGAGCUUUUCUCUAUUUGUAGUUGCUUACCCAUGAUGCUUUGCAGAGAAGACCAGGGCAGGCAGUGCUCUGUCAGAGAGAGAGAUUCUCUAUACUUGGAAUUGAACUGGAUGAAUGAGAGCUGAGGUUAUGUAAGCUUAAAACAAAGGACUUGUGUGAAUUUUAUAGCUUAUAUCUACAAAAAUGAGUGUAUAUGAGAGCAGAGAACAAAAAUAUAAAUAGUUUGCGAUUAUUCUGAUCUAUGACUGAGGAAUCCCAUAAACUGAUGGGCAUGCAUAUGAUUCAUAAAGGUGCAUAU